CACGCUGAGCGCCGGCCGUGGAGAGAGGACGCGCCCGUCUGUCGUGCGCGCCGCAGCUCCGGAGCCGCGUCGUCUACGUCGCGAGCGUCGCCGCGACUGCCUCUCGCGUCGCGCAGCUGUGAUCGAGUGUGUGUGUCUGAGUGUGUGCGUGUCCGCGUAGUGCAGAGUUCGUGUGUGUCAGUGCAUGUGUGUGCGUGUGGUUUGCUCUGCUCUUUGAGCGCAGCAUGGAAGUGAAGUGAUCUCCUUCUACACCUCUUGGAUUAUCACCCGCCCUCACCUGGAUACUCUCUACUCAGUGUUGAAAGUGCGCGCGCUCGUUUGUGUUGAGUUUGUGCUCUCGGACUGUGCUGGACUGGACUUUUGUGUCGGACUUGGACUUUAUUUUCGCGCCCGCGUCGUGCUCACCCAAGUGCCUCAACUCGUUCACCACCAUGGGACGGCCCUGGCCGUGCGCAGCGCGCGAGUGCGCCUCGUCACCGGGAGUGGUUAAGAAAGGGUGAAGAACUCGAGCGCGCGCGCGCGUGUGUGAGUGUGUGUGGGAGUGAGUGCGAGAAAGAGUGUUCGAGACUACGAGUGGUGAUAGGGGGCUGGCAGUGCAGAUAGUCGGCUGGGUGACGGCUCUCAGUGUGCCGUGCAACCGAACGCGAUCAGGAUGCGCGAGGUGCUCAACCUGGUGCCCAGCGGCGGCGGCGGCGCCGUCCUCUUCAACAACAACGAGGCCGCGUCCGACAAAAGCGAGGAUGUGGCCAACAACAACAACAACAGCAACGGCGACAGCAGCGGCUACCUGAGCGCCUCGGACAGCGACAGCGGCGCCAGCGGCAGCAGCAGCUGCGCCGAGGACAGCUGUGAGGAGGUGGCGGCCGCCACCGCGGCCCCCGCCGCUGCCGUCGCGGCCGUCGCCGCCGUCAAGAUGCUCAGCUCGCAGCCCGGCUACCUGGAGCUGUCCGAGGACCGCGUCAAGGAGCUGCUCAGCGACAAGCCCAUCGAGGAGCUGUACGAGGUGGAGGACCAACCCUUUGCAAGGGGGAAGUACGCGACGGUGCGGCGGUGUCGUUGCCGGCGCACGGGCCAGCAGUUCGCCGCCAAGGUGGUCCGCAAGCGGCGGCGCUCGGCCGACCUGCGCGCCGAGAUCCUGCACGAGGUGGCCGUGCUGGACGCAUGUCGGGGCUGCCCGCGGAUAGUGCGCCUGCACAGCGUGUUCGAGUCGCACAGCGACAUGGUGCUGCUGCUCGAGCUGGCGGCCGGCGGCGAGCUGCAGAUGGUCCUGGACCGCGACGAGGUGCCCGAGGAGCGCGAGGUGGCGCGGCUCAUGCGGCAGAUCCUGCACGGCCUCAUCUACCUGCACGACAUCAACGUGGCGCACCUGGACCUCAAGGUGAGUAGCAGGCCGCACAGCCUGGCGCAGUAUUUUAAAGAAAGUUUUCAAAAAUGUCUAAAUUUUCUUCAGGCCUUCAAAGCUUUUUUCUUACUCUCAAAAAAAAUUCUGAUUUAAAAACGAAAAGAUUUUGAAAAUCUUCCAUUUUUUUCGGAAUUUUUGGGAGCUUUAAAAUCCUUAGAGGCACCGGCGCGGCCUCCACGGCCUGCUUUACCUCCGAAUAACCAUUUCCCCGCCCAACCUCUCAAGUGGGCUCGAAUGAUGCCCCAGACGACGUUUGUCCCGCUAGUCGUUUUAUGGCUCCAUCCGAUCCCGAUCGGCCGCUAGCUGCACGAGCGUCUGUCUGCAGCGUGUGUUUGCAGGUCCACGGCGCCUCCUCGGGCCCCACCGGCCGCGCCGAGUGGGACUCGAGCCACUCGAGCUUGGGGGGGAUGAGGCUGCAAUUGCGGCACAUUUAUUUAAUUUUUUUGAACGCGGCGAUUCGAUGACCUUUGGCUAAAGAAAUCAUCGAUGCACUGUGUGGGUGAACUCGGGUGGUGACCCGAGUUUCAGUGAACCUCGAUGAAAGUACGUCGAUGAGAAUUAUAACAGUUGGCUUUGCGGCGCACUUCGUCAAAAAAAAAAGAGUACGCUCUUUAUUUUUCGAAGCUUCAUCUCCCGCUAUUUCCCCUCGCGACAGGGCCCGAGGCCCUUCUUGAUUGGUCUUGAUCCCGCCUGUCAGUCUGCGUGGGGAGGGGUCGAGCUUUGGGGUGCACGGUGUGUGAAGGCGAGACUGUUGUUGUGGUACAGGAGGGGGAGC